AUGGAUGGACAAGGACUAUUACAUUUAUGGAAAAUCGGGGAAAGAUUGUUGCCAUUAGUUCCUCGAAAUGAUGAAAAGAAAUAUAUUACUAUGAAAAAUUAUUACUUCAAUAGAAUCUCAUUAGAUAGAUUGAAAAAUGUAUUUUCUUCUAGUUACAUGUAUAACAAUUAUGACGAAAAUAUGAAAGCUAAUUGGAUUUCAACAAAUGAUGCUUUAGUUGCUCAUAUUUGGAGAUUAAUUAUGCGAGCACGUGGAGAUAAAAAUCCUCUAAACUCCAUGUUUUUUGCAAAUGCUCAGUUCCAUACUCAAGAAAACUUCGAUAUCAGGGAAAAAAUACGCCGAACAAUCAAUGUAUUCACUAUGCUCGAAACGACACUUUACAGGUCUCCCAUCACCGAAAUCUAA